GUCGCCAUUUUGGUCCAGCGUGUGUUGUUUUGUGCGCUUCGCAUAGUGAAUCGCGCAAUAACGGCGUGAGAGGCGAUCAAAGCACGCGAAAUCAUGCCGCCCACCGUGGAGGAUGCCGUCGUGCUUCCUCCGAUGGAGGAGCAGGCGCCCAAAGAGGACGCGGCGCCAUCGACUGCGUCGGAGACCGCAGCCCCCGAACCUGCGGCGCCACUGAAAGAACCGGCGGUUGCGCCCGCGGUUGCGCCCGCGGUCGCGCCAGCGGUGCCCGAACAGCCAACACCACCGCCGGCACCAGCACCACCAGCCCCCGCUAAGGCGCCGACGAUCGGUAUCAUCUACCCGCCGCCCGAGCUUCGCAACAUUGUCGACAAAACCGCCGCGUUCGUAGCGCGAAACGGGCCCGAGUUUGAGGCUCGUAUCAGGCAGAACGAGAUCAACAACUCCAAGUUCAACUUCUUGAACUCCGGCGAUCCGUACAAUGCCUACUACCAGCACAAGGUCAAGGAAGCCAAGGAGGGCAAGAUACAGCCGGAGCUGGCGCUCGCUCCGACACCCACCAAACCCGGUCAGCAGCAGCAACAGUCGGGCGCCCCGGCCUCCAAGCAGGACCUCAUCUCCAAGAUUGUCGAGCAACCAAUCGUGCCCAAGGAACCUCCGCCGGAGUUCGAGUUCGUCGCCGACCCGCCGUCAAUCUCGGCGCUCGACCUGGACAUCGUCAAGCUGACCGCCCAGUUCGUGGCUCGCAACGGUCGCCAGUUCCUCACAAACUUGAUGAACCGGGAACAGCGAAACUACCAGUUCGACUUCCUGCGCCCCCAACACAGCCUCUUCACGUAUUUCAUGAAGCUACUCGAGCAGUACACCAAGAUCCUGGUGCCGGGCAAGGACCUGAUGCCUCGGCUCAAGCGCGAGUCCGAGGAGCCCAAGUCGAUCCUGGACCAGGUACGCUACCGGGUCGAGUGGACCAAGCUCCAGGAGGCGCAGAAGCGUCGCGAAGAGGAGGAGGCCGAGCGCGAGCGCGUCCAGUACGCGCAGAUCGACUGGCACGACUUCGUCGUUGUAGAGACGGUCGACUACCAGCCCAACGAGCAGGGACUGUUCCCGCCUCCCACGACCCCGGACGAGGUCGGCUCCCGGGUGCUGGCGCAGCAGAGGAUGGAGGAAGAGGGAGAGGAGGUGGAGAUGGAGGUCGAGUCCGACGAAGAGGGCGGAGGAGCGAGCGACAAGGAAGACGAGGACGACACGCCGCCGCCGACGACGACGACGUCAACAACGACUUCGACGACCACCACGCCGAGUCUUCCGGCCCGGGCUCCGAGCCCGCCGCCGCAGCCUCCCAAGGAGGCGCCUCCUCAGCUCCCUCCGCUGCCUCCGAACCCGAACAAGGUCGUCGUGCGCAAGGACUACAACCCGAAGGGUGGCAAGCCCGCGAAGCCCUCUUCUGAGCAGUACCUCAUCUCUCCCAUCACAGGCGAGAAGAUUCCCGCUGACAAGAUGCAGGAGCACAUGCGCAUCGGUCUUUUGGACCCACGCUGGGUGGAACAGCGCGACCGCGCCAUUCAGGAGAAGAUGCAGCAGGAUGAAGUGUUCGCUCCUGGCUCGGCCAUCGAGAGCAGCCUGAAGCAGUUCGCCGAGCGUCGUACGGAUAUUUUCGGAUUCGGCGACGAGGAGACGGCCAUCGGAAAGAAAAUCGGCGAGGAGGACAGGCGGCCCCAGGAGAAGGUGACUUGGGAUGGCCACACAGCCAGCAUGGAGGCGGCCACACGUGCUGCCCGCGCCAAUAUUACCAUCGAAGAGCAAAUCCAGCAGAUCCACAAGAUAAAGGGUCUCCUUCCAGAUGAGGAGAAGGAACGAAUUGGGCCAGCCAAGCCGCAGCACGGCUCCCAGCAGCAGAUGCUGCCUCCUCUUCCACCCUUGCCUCCGCCGCCCGUUUCGGCUGCUCCACCGGUGAGCGCACCAAAGCCUCCACCACCGAAGCCCCCUCCGCCACCACAGGCACCUCCGCCAAAGUCAACGGCACCGCCGACACUGAUCCCGCCGGCGGCUUUGCGGACCCAGAUGGCACCUGUCAUUGCGCACCCACCCAUGCCAACGCCUCCGCGCCCGAUGAUGGCUGCCCCGCAGGGCCUGAUGAUGGCGCACCUGCGUCCUCCACCGGGCAUGCUGGGCAUGCCGCAGGGAGUCCAUCCGCCAAUGGCAUUCGCUCCGAUGCCUCCGGCCAUGGCACCACUGCCACCGGAGAUGCCUCCGAGCUUGCCGGCGGACGACGAACCGCCGAGCAAGAAAACCAAGACGGAGGAAAGCCUGAUCCCCGAGGCUGAGUUCCGCGAAAAACAAGGGCCCGUCACGGUGCGGGUACAAGUGCCGGGUGCACAGGAGAAGCCGGAAUGGAAGCUGAAUGGCCAGAUCCUGACCAUGACCCUGCCACUGACAGACACGGUGUCUGUGCUGAAGGCGAAGCUUCACGAGGAGCUCGGCAUGCCACCAGGAAAGCAGAAGCUCCAGUACGAGGGCAUGUUCGUCAAGGACUCCAAUACGCUGGCCUUCUACAACCUCGGCCCGAAUUCGACUAUCGUGCUUCAAGUCAAGGAGCGUGGUGGCAGGAAAAAGUAGUGAAAUGUCUUUUUGUUUCGGUUUCGCUGUUUGAGGCAUGAGAAGGCUGUUAUAAAGGAUUCCAGUAGCUGAUCCACUUCUGUCAUGGCCAGGGUUGCCACCAUCGGUCCACGAUUGAGGGAACAAGGUGGUUGAAAAAACCAGUGAGGGAAUGGAUCCCACUUUUAUUGUUCUGCAUUUGGCCUUUUAUGUUGUUCCAUUUGAAAAGUUGUCUUGAAGUGUUUUGUCGGUUCAAGGCAGAUCGAAUGUAAAUGGCUGUAUUGAUUCUUAAGUAUGUGGCAUAACGAAAUAAAAGCACAGUUGUCUUUCAGAGGAUGAGUACCUUCGUACUGUUUGUCUUUCUCCUUGCUUUGCGAGAUGGAAAUAUAGCAUGUCUAUAUCUACCCAAUUUGGUGUUCAUGUGUUUCACUGAGGUGUUGUGAUGCACUGCAAAAAUAAACAUGCUUGCAUGAACAUGCAUCUGUUCAUGUAUUAACAUGGCAA